AUUUCGAUAGGAUUAUUUAUUGCACAGCCCGUGAUCUUAAUUAAUUAAUUAUUUAAAAAUAUAGCUGUAUUUUACUUUAAUUCGUGACACAACAAUCAAUAACUAUGGGUAUGUGUCGAACGUGCCUCGAAACGCCAGCUGAUAAAGAUAUCUCAGAGUUAGAAAUGGGCAUAAAUGAGGGCACCAAAAGCUGCUUUGAAAUCAUGAUGUUUUGUUUAGACAUAAAGGUUACACGCGAUUCUAAAAUUACAACGAAUCUAUGCGAUGCAUGCUACGUAAGGAUCAUAUCAUUUUACAAGUUCAAGAACCUAUCUUUAAAAAAUGAUGCUUAUUUGAAAUCAUUGGACCCUCUUGUAUGUAAAGUGGAUAAAAAGUCGUCUGUAUACGUAGACGCAAACGGAAUUAAACACGAGAAUUCCUUAGAUAAUGAUGAAUAUGGCCAAAGUGUGGUUGAAGUUGUACCUCAAAUUAAAAUAGAAAUUGAAGUAAAAAAAGAGAAUACUUUCGGAGAUGUACAAAGAGAUGUUAAGGAUGAAGAUACACCAGAAGAUGCAGAAUCGGACAAGGAGCCAUUGAGUGUGAUACAAAAAGUGAAACAUGAAAAUAUUAAAAAAGGGACAAAAGAUAAUCCGCCAGCACGAAAAAAACGUGGCCGACCCAAAAAAAGUGAAUCUGCAGAACAUUCAAAACAAGGCUACCAAGUAUGCGAGGAGUGUGGCAAGUCUGUCCGUAACUUAAAGCAACACACUGCCCGGCAUGUACCUACCGGUGAAAGGAAGACAGUGCAGUGUGACUCCUGCCCUAAGGUCUUCUGCACAAAAGGAGCUCUGCGAGAACACUACAAAUUUACACACCUAGGAAUGAAAUUUAAAUGUGAUAUUUGUAAUAAAGAGGUGACAAACCUAACAACGCACAAGUUGCUUGCCCACGACCGGGACGCGCUCCCGUUCGCUUGCGUUUCGUGCGGCCGCCGCUUCGUGACGCAGUCCGCGCUGGCGACGCACAUGAUCACACACACGAAGGGCUCGGACACCUUGAUCCACGAGUGUGACGUCUGUCACACAAAGUUUAACCGUAAAGGUGUCCUUUCAAGGCACAUGCGGCGGGUCCAUGAAAAAGAAAGAAAAUUUCAAUGUGAAUUUUGUUCAAAAGGUUUCUUUACGAAAUAUUCACUUGAAUUACAUAUAAGGUCCCAUAAGAAAGAGCGUCCAUACAAAUGUGAGGAGUGCGGGAAGACGUUUUCUCACAGCGUUUCCCAUAAGAACCACCAGCUAAUCCACACCGGCGUCAAGAACUAUCAUUGUGAGGUGUGCAACAUGGCCUUUAUGAGACUUGAAUACCUUCGUAAACACAUGAUAAGUCACACGAAGGAGAAGAAUCACCCGUGCCGGUAUUGCGGCAAGCGCUUCGGUCGCACGGACCACCGACGGAAACACGAGAUCACGGCUCACCAAAAACAUUUGUCAGCCGACUGAGCACUUUAUCUCUAUGCGACUUAAAACUUUGUAACAGAGAUACAUGGAUUUGUCGCUAAAAGAAAUCGAUCUAGGUAUAUGUUUUGGCGAUUAGUUAUUAGUCUGCAGUGUUGGCCGAAACGUUAAUGCAAUUGACCAUUCUUGACCAUUAACCAGUACAAAUUGAACCGUCAAUUGUAUCCGUCCGUUACCGUUUACGGUUCAAUUUGUAAUUGCAAUUAACGUUCGGCCAACAGUGAUAGUCUGUAUCUAUAGGUAUUUAAAAAAAGUAAAUAAAAUCUGGCUUAAGGAGCCAUUUGAGGGUAGAUGAAAACAUUACAUGAUCAAAUAAUGUAGAUUAAAGUCAGGUCGUUCAGUGACAGAUCCAGGCGCUUUUGUAUUUGGUUGGUUAACCAAUAAAUGUUAUUACUACCCUAA